UGGUACUACAUGAGCCUUGCAGUAUAGCCAACAAAGCUCCGAGCAGCGGGACCAGUUUUCGAUUCACAGUUCGGAAUACAUGAUAUGUUCCUUCUCUAUGCUGACAAUUGAGGAUGGAUAGACAGUCCUAACACGAGGGUUCUAUACUUUGAGCGGCGAGCAUGGCGGAGGGCGACGAUGAGGACUACCAUUUCGUGGGCACGCCGCUUGAGGAUGAGCAGGAGGGCCGGGCGAACCAGUAUCGCAAGCCGGUCAAAGAUCCGGGCACUGUGCGUACGCUGCCGGUAUGGAAGCAGGAGGUGACCGACGAGCAGGGCCGCAAGCGGUUCCAUGGCGCCUUCACGGGCGGCUUCAGCGCGGGCUACUACAACACAGUCGGCAGUGCGGAGGGCUUCCAGCCCGCCGCCUUCCGCAGCAGCCGCGGCUCCCGCGCCGCCGCCGCCGCCCAGUCCGUGGACGACUUCCUGGAUGACGACGAGCGUGAGGCGCGCGGCCGCGCCGUGCUCACCGUCAAGGACGACUACGACACUUGGGGCACGGCCGCCGCGGAGGCGGCCCGCGCCGGCGCCCGCGCGGCGGCGGCGGAGGCGGAGGCGCGGCCGGGCCUGGUGCCGCUGGGCGGCAGCGCCGUGAUGGAGCAGCUGGUGACGCCCGUGGCGAGCAGCACCGGCAUCCGGCUGCUCCAGAAGCUGGGGUGGCGGCCGGGGCGCGGCAUCGGCACGGCCGCGCCCACACGCGGGCCGCAGCCGGAGGGGCAAGAGCGGGAGGCCGGCGGGGAGGGCGGGGGCGAGGGCGAGGAAGGUGCUGGAGCUGGCGGCGGCGGCGGCGGCCGGCGGAGCAAGUGGGGCAGUGUGGCGGGCGUGAGUCUGGACAACACGCCCAUGUAUGUCUUGGAGCCCAAGGAGGACCGGCACGGACUCGGGUACGACCCCUUCGUGGGCGCGGAGGAGUUCCGCCAGGCGGCCAAGCGGAGGAAGAUGGCCGGCGGGCGCGGUGUGGGCGGCGGUGCCGGUGCCGCUGGCGGCGGCGGGGGUGGCGGCGGAGCAGGCGGCGGCGGCGGCGGCGGGCAGGAAGGCGCGCAGCGCGGCCGCAUCGCGUUCGGCACAGGCGCGCUGGAAGACACGGACACGUUCGGUUACAUGGAGGACUACGUGGAGGAGGACGGGCUGGCAGGGGCUGGCAGGCGAGCGCUGCUCCUGGAAGGGCCCUCCGGUCGCGGCGGCGAUGGCGGCGGCGGGCGGGGCGCGGGCGGCGGCGCCUCUGGGCUGGGCGCCCUGGGUGCGGCGGGCCCGGGCAAGGGCGCGGUGGCUCGCAACUGGGAGCGGCUGGCGCUGUCGUACGAGGUGGUGUCGGAGGGGGAGUCGGACGAGGAGGAGCGCGGGACGCGAGGGGGAGGCAGGCACGGGCGGAGGCAGCCGCUGCUGCUGGAGUCGGGCAAGCCGGCGCCGCUGCUGCUGCAGGGCCGCGGCCACACGUACAGCCACGGCGGGCGAGGCGCCGGCGCGGCCGGGGGGCAGCAGCAAGGCAACGGCCUCAUCCCAGGGUUCGUGCCGAGCAGCAGCAGUAGCACCACGGGGGUGGUCAUCACUGAGUACUUCCCCGCGCCGCAGGUCCCGCCGGACUUCUCGGGGCGCCACGCCUUCACAGUGCCCCGAGCACGGCUGCUGGGGGUCCUCACACAGCAACACGCCGCUGCCACCGCCACCCCUCCGGCUCCUGCUGCUGCUACUGCCGCCGGCGGCGCGCCGCCGCCGCCCGCCGCGCCGCUGCCAGCCGCGCCGCCGCCGCCACCCGAGGUGCCGCCGCCGGCAGACCAAGAGCUGCGGAGGGAGAUGGAAGGCCUCGCGGCCAUGGUCGCUCGCAGCGGGCCCGCCUUUGAGGCCAUCGCCCGGAAGACGGCAGUAGCAGCGCUGGCGGCGGUAGCAGCGGAUGGCGCUGGUGGCGGCGGCAGUAGCAACGGCGGUAGCAGCGGCUGGGUGAAGUACGGGUUCCUGGUUACGGGGGAGGGCUUGCCGUACUACCUGUGGCGCCUGCAUCGCAUCCGGACGGCGCUUGCUGCCGCCAACGCUGCGGCCACCGCACACGCGCCGUCGCCGCCGCCACAGCCGCCUAAGCAGCCAGAUCCCAGGCAGCAACACCCACAACACCCGCAACACCCACAGCAGCGGCCGGGGCCCCUAACGGUGGAGCAGCGCAUGGCUAUGCUCGGCGAGACGCCGCUGCCUGGUACAGCCGCCACAACCGCCGCUGCAGCCGCCGCAGCCGCGGCUGCUACAGCCGCCGGAGGCGCAUCCGCAUCCGCAUCCGCGGCAGCAGCAGCAACAGCAGCAACAGGAGCCCCAGGGGCGGCGGCCGCUCAGGGCCGCCACGGCCACGGCCACCCGCACCAGCCGGUGGUGGGGCGCGUGGCGGAGGCGGACAAGCGGCAGGUGGCGGAGCUGCUGCAGAGCAACUUCGUGCGGGGGGAGAUGCAGGACCUGCAGAUGGACGGCUCGGGUCAGGGCGCGGCGCCGCAGGUGGGCCUGCGCCCCGGCGGCCGCCAGGCUACUGCCGCCGCCGCGGCCGCCGCUGCCUUCCUGUCCCGCUUCACUGGUGGCAGUAGCACCGAGACGGCGGUGCUACAGCCGGAGGGCGAGGGAGGGCUGCAGCAGGCGGGGGCGGCGGCGGCGGCGGCGGGGGCUGGUGCGGCGGCGGGCGGCGGAGAUGAGGGGGUCGUGGUGCGGCAGGAGCCGGUCCGCACCAGCACCGAGUGGCGGCCCGAGCCGCUGCUGUGCAAGCGCUUCAACGUGCCCGACCCCUACAAGGGCAAGCCGCAGCAGCAGCAGGGCCCCACCUCCAAGCUCGACCAACUGGUAUUGCACGAGACAUCCACAUGCCACCACCUGCCGCCGGGGCAGCCGCCGCAGCAGCAACAGCCGGCAGCUCUGGCGCUGCCGCCGCCGCCGCCCCUCCCUCCCGGCGGCGGAUGGAUGGCUAUCCCUCCCGGCGGCGCGCCGGCGCAGCCCCCAGCCCCCGCCUUUGGUAUGCCGCCGCCGCCCCUGCCGCCACCGCCUGCAGCCUUCCCGCCGCCGCCGCCGUUCCAAUCACGACCGGGCAUGCCACCGCCGCCAUCAGCACCGGCGCCAACAGCGUACGCCAGCGGCACGGCCUUCCCGCCGCCACCACCGCACCCACACGGCUUCAUGCCACCUCCGCCGCCGCUCCCGCCCCACAUGGCACUCCCGCCCCACCUGGCGGCGCCGCCGCCGUUUCCGCCCCCGCCUGCACACCACCAGCCGCCAGCACCAGCCGCCUCCGCCACCGCCACGGAUGCCGCCUCAGCCUUCCUGUCAUCCUUUGGGCAGAGCCUCUUCAGCGAAGCGGCCGAACCAGCACGACCGCCGGAUGCAGCGGCGGCGCCGCCAGCGGCACCCGAGCCGGAGGCCUGGGCGCCGCCACUGCCCAUGGAGCCGCCGCCGCCGUUGCCUGAGGAGGAUCUGGUAGUGCCGCUGGACAGGCCGCUGGAUCUGUUUUCCGCGAUUUUUGAGGCGGAAUCCGAAUCCGACGACGAGGACGAGCCCGCAGAUCAGCAUUCAAACGGCCAGCCUGGCGGCGCCGCUGCUACAGCCGCGGCUGCGCAGCAGCCGGAAGCCGUGCAGCAGCAGCAGCAGCAGCCGCAGCCCGGCCCGAAUGGCGCCGGCAGCAAUGGUGCUGCUCCUGCGGCGCCGGCGCCGCCGCAGGGCCCGGCGAAGUCGUUGGCUGAGGCGUUGAUGCGCGCGCAGGAGGUUUCGGCUCAGCGCGCAGCGGAGGCGCGCCAGCGCGGCGCCGCCGACGCCCUGCAGCAGCAGUUGCUACAGCCGGUGACGGUGGCGGCGGCGUCGGCUGCUACAGCCGGUGGCGGCGGUGCUACAGCCGGCGGCGGCGCGGGCGGGCUCCUGGGGUCGGUGGACCCUGAAGUGCAGGAGCGCAUCCGGGCGGCACUCAGUUUGUUCCAGAAGCACCGCGGCGGUGUCAAGGAAAGCAAAGACAGGGAUAAGAAGCGCAAGGACAAAGAUAAGGACCGGCGCAGGGACAAGGACAAGGACAAGCGGCGGCGGAAGGAGAAGCGGUCAAAGUCGAAGGACGCUGGCAAGGACCGCAGGCGCCGCGGCAAGGACAAGGGCGACAAGGAACAUAAGGAGGAGCGGAGGCGCAAGAAGAGCAGCAAGGACAAAGAGAAGGAGAAGGAUGAAGACAGGGACAGGGACAGGGACCGGAAGCUGGGGCGGAAGGACUCGAAGAGGGACAAGAGCAAGCGCAGCGACAGCCGCAAAGACCGGGAAGACCGGGAGGGCAGGGACGACGAUGGCGGGCGCCGCCGCAGCGACAGCCGCAGCCGGAGCCGCAGCCGCAGCCGCGGGCGGGGGGCGGAGGAGUGGGAGGAGGAGGCGGGGGCAGGCCGGCACCGGCAUCGGCACCGCAGCGCAGAACGUGCCGGCCGGGAUUGGGAGGCGGAGGAGGGGGCGGCAGCUGCGGAGGCUGCCGCUGCGGGAGCCGCCGUUGCAGCCGCUGGCGAGGCGGCAAAGGCUGGGGAGCGCCGCAGCCGCAAGCGCGGCCGAGAGCCCUCUCAACGCGACACCCACACCGGUGGCGUCGGUGGUGGCAGUGGCGGCGGCACUGCGGAGGGCGCGGAGGAGGAGGAGGGGGAGACUCGUCGGCGUCAGAGGCGGCGAGCGCAGCAGCCCGGCAGUAGCAGCCCGGCCAGGAGCGGCGGCGGCAAUAGCAGCAGCGGCGGCGGCAGCAGUGACGGCAGUAGCAGCAGCGGUGAUGAGGGCGGCAGUAGCGGUGAUAGCAGUGGCAGCAGCAGCGAGGGCGAGGGUGCUGAGCAGUGAGGGUAUCCGCGCGUGUGGGCGGUUGAGGCGUCAAAGAGCGACGCAGACGCCGUUGGGGGUUGGGAUGCUAAUACGGUAGGUUGGGGGCUUUGGAAGCGAGGUUUGGUUGGCAAGUUAAACACUGUUCACGCAUUGUCGGAGCGCGUGUGGCUGCGUCGUAGCGGUGUGUGUGUACCGUCUUUCACGGACAACACGGGACAACCAUGUAUCAGUGUAUGUGUGUGACGCGGCGCGCUGGGCUUUGAGGCGCGCUGCGGGGGCCGUGGCAGUGGUUGUCCGUUUUUGCCUUCGUGGGCUCGAAACGGGUGCUGAGGCCGUAGGGCGGCUCGUGAUGCCGUGCACGGUGUAAAUGCCGGCAAUGCGUUGCGUGUGCACGCGUCCAUGCAAGUGUGCGAGCGUGGCUCAAGCUGCGUGGCAUAGACCCACGUUGUGCGAAAUAAGAAAGC